AUGGUGAUGACAGCCAACAAGCAAACUGAUAUUCAUAUAUCAAAAUAUCUUCGAAAUUUCCUUCCAAAUCCCAGCUCUAUUUCCGAUACAGAUGAAAUCUGUGUUGUCAGCAUUAUUGGUAAGACACCUCUCAAUUACUUGACCUGUGGUACAUUAGCCGAUGCAGUAUCUGGUAGAAAUGUCUUUCAGCGUGAAACAAUUGACGAUAAUGAUCAAAAACUAGAGCACGGCUUACUAUUUUACUACAACAAUGAACAAAAAGUUGUUUACAUAAAUCAAGCAUCGUUAUAUGAUACCAAGGAAUUAGCAUAUCUAUGCCAAAAAUUUAAUUCAGACUUGUCUACUUGGGAGCACUUUCAGAAAUGGAAACGCAAUGAACAUAAACAGCUCCUAUCACUGUUAUUCAUUUUCAGUAUAUCUCAUAUUAUUUUGAUAACUCAUCCGUCUCACAAAUUUGAUCUUAGUUACCUAAGAUUAUUUAGAGGUCUAAAUGCGAUCAGAUUACACAAUCAAUCUGUACUUACUCAUCAUUUAUGCAAAAUAGCGAAAGCAGCAAAUCUUAGUAGCCAAUGGCGGCAGCGAGGGAGAUGCUGUACACCUCGCUUGCUUUUUAUUUUUCAUCUGGAUAUAAACAUCAAUAGGAGAUUCCAAGACGGUAACCGGAGCAAAAACAGGGAUGUUGGACAGAAAGACCAGGAUGCAACAUCUCUCUUUUUCAAUAUCGGCUUAGCAACGACGCUCUUUCAGCACUUUUACGUGACGCAACAUGAUAAAGUUGAUGAUAAUGAUGUCUUAGAAAAAAACUUUGAUGAAGAAAAUAGUGACCUUAAAAAUUUCUUAAAGUAUCAUAUUAACCAAACUAAAGCUGGAAACUUACCUACCAGUAAGACAUGGUUUACGGCUGCAUCAUAUUUACAAAAGGUCUUAAUAGAGGAUGCAUCUGGAGUUGAUUCAAUUAGGUACCCGAUUUCUAGUUCUUGGCUCGAUAUUGAUAAAAAGUUUUCAGAAAGUACUUGUCGGAAAGCUAUCUCCGUAGCUUUAGACUGCUAUGAGAAGAACCUACCAGAACAGUACAAUUAUGCCUUUCAUCAGAAGCAGCUCGCGACUAGCAUUAAUACGCUUAGUCAACUUGCUCUCGGUCCUUCAUUUCCAUCUUACGUUCAACAAUUGGAAAAAGAUUGUGAAAAGAUCUGGAAAAAUGGAAGACAAAGUUGUGAGAUAUUAAGCCUGACUGGAAAGCAAUGCAUAUAUCCGAAAGAGAUAAAACAGCGAAAAUUUCGCCAAAGUAAAAAUCUACCUCAAAAAAGGGCACAUUCUAGUAAUUAUUGGUAUAUAAGUGCUUGUAACUGUGGAGAGACAAUAGCAAAACGUCCAGAUCCGUUCGAUAUCAAGGUUGCUAAUUGUACAUUCUAUCAAAUGCUGGAAAAGAAAUGUUGCAGCAUAUUCCCUCAUAUAUCCUUUCCUGUCAACGUCGAUAGUAAUUCUCACGAAGAACAAUCGAUUGAUGAUCAUGCUAUGGAAAUAGAAGAAAUUAGUGCUGCCACCUCUAGUAAAAACAAUGCAGACUCCUCUAAUGGAGUAGCGGAUGACCCUACGCUUGACGGAUUAGAUACUACAACUGCUAUUGGACAAAAUUCAGAAUUUUCUUCAUCUCCAUCACCUGCUCCUGCCGCCAAUUUAGUUUCUAUGAAAAUUGAACCGGAUAAUUGUAAAAAGGACGGAGAGUCAUCCAAUUCGAUCAUUAUGUUCACAAUUAAUACUCCAGCUGGGUAUCUUCCUCGGUUUUCGUCUUGGUCCUUAUGCCGCCUAGGCGAUAAUAAUAUAUACAAAGCGAGCAAAGGCCUCUUCCAAUCUGGAUUUCUACCUGGUACUAAUUUUCUCUGUCCAUGGAUAAUUUCCCGUAGCGUUUUGUUAGCUAGUGAUCCUUUCGAGAGUACACAUGAACAAUUUCCUACCAUCGCUGAAAAUAGAGGAAAAUCAAGUGGAAGAUACAAGAAAGAAAACAGCGUGAAAGCCUAUAUAGGCAUUGAAUAUGAAUGUCCUCACGGUGACCGGCAAAGAAGUAGCAAAACUGUCUUUGCUCAGUGUAUGCGCAUUUAUGUCGCAUCCCCUAUGGACAGCGAUAUCCGAGUUAUUUUAAGACCAUUCAUUCAGCCAGAAAAUGAAACCAUCUAUCCGCCUACAGAUCCGAAAACACCAAGUAAGGGCCGUAUUUUGAAAGGCUUAUUUCACAUCACAGCGAUUGUUUCCGAUACCUCCCAAAAUGGCAAAGGCUAG